AUGGAUACACUAAUUGGUAUAAAGGGAAAAGACUAUAUAUUGUUGGCUGCUGAUUGCUACGAGCAGUAUAGCAUAAUCAGGACCAACUUUUAUGAUCAUGGGAAGAUACUCAAGGUUGAUAAUGAUAAGUUAAUAUUACUUGCAGGUCCAUCUGGUGAUAGAGAACAAUUUGGUGAAUAUAUUAGAAAAAAUAUUCAUUUUCAGAGGUUUAAAAAUUCAUAUCCAACUUCAAUUGGUGCAACUGCCAAUUUUGCUAGGCAAGAAUUGGCUUAUUUCCUGAGGGAAAGUCCUUAUCAGGUUGAUAUGUUAAUAGCAGGGUUUGAACAGGAUACCCCUAAGCUAUAUUGGAUAGAUUACCUAGCCAGUUCUAUGGAAGUUUGCAAGGCAGUUCAUGGUUAUGGAGGUAAUUUUGUUCGGGGACUAGUUGACAAAUAUUACACAUGCGAUAUUACUAAAGAACAGGCCAUUGAACUCAUGAAGAAAAUCAGAGAUGAAUUAAGAUUUAGAUUCCUAGUUUCCCAAUCAAAUUUUGUGGUUAAGCUUAUUGACAAAGACGGGAUCGCAGAUAUUAAAUUAUUUCCGCCGCAGGAGGUCAAGCAUGAAAUAUUUCGCGAAAAGAUCGACACUUUCCCGUAA